AUGGAAAACAAGGAAGAAACCUCGUCUUCUACUCAUUUUUCUACCUCGGACUCACUGAAACAGGCAGAAGAUGCUCAAGCUCAGUUGGCCUCGGACCCGGCUAACACCCUGAACCUCGAAUCCACCGAUUCAGUCUCCACGCAGGGGCAGGUCGAUAGCAUCGGGGAACAAGAAGCUCCGGGAUUCUUCGACAACAUCAUCAAGCUCAAGAAAAAGAAAAAGAAAAGCAAAAAGUCAAGGAGCAAGCGUGGCCUGGGCAAGCCCACUGGCUUUGAGGAAUACUACGUCGAUGCUCCCAUGACCCCAGCUCAGUAUGAGACUGAGCAGGUUUUAUACAACCCUCGGAUUGAAGAUGCCUUGCAACGCUACCAGAACAAUCGCCGCCUCGAGAAUUUCCGAAGAGAUAUAUUCCUGAAAUACUUGGCCUAUGGGGGUGUGGACGUCUCUCCGAGGAUGUUCGCAGGCUCCGAUCAAAAAGACCUUCAGGACCUCGACAGCGAGCAGAUCCUUCAGGCUAGAACGCAGACCAGCAUCCCAAGGGACACAGCAAACCUCAUCAUCGACUUUGAAGCGGUGGUCCGGGGCUAUCUGACCUCCUACUUCCCAUCCUACUUCAACCCCGAAACCGAAGACAUGGUCAACCUGGGUACGGUCACCAUUCGAAACUUCCUGUCCUACCUACUGUAUCAUGAGGUCUGCCCAGAAUACAAGGACAACAUUGAACAGGCCAGGAAGUCGUGUGACAUCGCCGCUACAGAGCUUUGGAAGAAUCAGCAGUUCAUGGUCAAAGGGCCCGGCCAUUUCAACAAAGCCUGUUCUACGCUCUUCGGAGGCCACCUCUAUGAUUGUUACACUGAGGAAGACGACGAAGAACGCUCGUGGGCGGACGGUCCUCCCAUGACUAGAGAUGUGGCGCGCAAGGUCGUGAAAUUCGCCCUCGCUGGUGCGGGAACAGAUCAAAUGGCUGUCGACUUCCGAGAUUUAGCUCAUACAGAUGAAUUAAUUUCCAAACGUGUAGAUGAUAUCCACGGCUUUGAGAUUAUGGUUAUCCAUCCUCCGAACGAUACUGUCCUUGACUUCUACAAAAUGCACGCCCCCGACCUCGUUCCUGUUGGCCGCAUCACCGCGAUAUCCUACUGGGACCCAGCAAGGCCGGCAUGUGAUAUGACCCCGGAACAGCGGCAGCAAGCCAUGAUCCCAGUCAUUUUCAGUUUCUAUGUGGAGCUACCUCUUUUGCAACUCUGUUAUCCGGGUAUGAAGGUGAUGACACCGGUGUGGAUGAUGAACUGUGGGCUUGAUUACUUUGAAGAGACCUUCAACGUCUACGGCACCAUCUACACGGUUCUUGCAAAUGACCUUAUGCUGGGGUGGAAGAAACCACGGCCGGUGAGGGACACUGCGGACGAAGACGAUAUGGAGGCCGAGGAGGAUGAUGCUUCUGAGCAGGGUGAUGGGAUCGCGGAUGUGCAGGAUGUACUCUAAGCACGUUCCAAGCGAGUGUCAAGCUUGGAUUUGACAGCAGCAGAUAGGUUUAGCCACGCAUGGAAUUUACGUAACUGACUAGCUCAGAGAAUAAGACGACAUGAAUAUUGUUCAAAUCUCUUAUAUAGAAGCCUAGCAUUGUCAUCUUCAACGAACAUACACUCAUUAUGAUCAACAGCGUCAAGCUUAAGACGACUUCAGAAGCAGUUUUCCGGUGGUCUUACGGCCUUCCAGAUCACGGUGUGCCUCGGCGACAUCCUCCAGAGGAUAGACCUUAUGAACUCUAGCCUUGAG